CCUAGAUUUAAAGUAUGGCCCGUUACGGCCCAGUUAUCUUAUCGUCUUCAACUAAUCCGAUUCGAACGUGGCGAAAUGAUGAUGACCGGAGACGAGAUCGUCGAGUUCGAGGCGGUAGAUCUGCUUUGUAGUGAUUAAUUUUUAAGAAUUGAGAGAUGAGUUCAAUGGGGGAAGAUGAAGUUAGCUCCUUUUUCGAAUCGUCUCCGCCUCUCAAGAAGAUGGAAGAUAUACUACAGAAGCUUAACGGCUUCAUCGAGCACAAUUCUUCAGGAGGGAGGAGGAGGAUCGUAUGCGUGACGUCAGGCGGAACUACGGUUCCACUGGAGCAGCGAUGCGUAAGAAAUAUCGAUAACUUCAGCUCUGGAAACAGAGGUGCUGCUUCUACUGAGAACUUCGUCAAGGCUGGAUAUGCUGUAGUGUUUCUGUAUAGGAGUGGAACUUGCCAGCCAUAUUGCCGGUCUCUUCCUGAUGAUCCAUUCCUUGAAUGUUUUCAGUUUCCAGAUAACACCAACAUUCAAGUUCAUGCAUCACAUGUGGAAGCUGUGAAAAUGGCUGUUAUGGACCAGCAAGCUGCAGUAGCUGAAGCUCGCUUACUGAAGCUCCCAUUCACAACCAUCUAUGAGUAUCUUCAGAUGUUGCGGUUGAUUGCAACGGCAUUCAAAGACGUCGGUCCAUGUUCAAUGUUUUAUCUUGCUGCUGCUGUGUCUGACUUUUAUGUGCCCUGGAAUAGCAUGACAGAGCACAAAAUAGAAUCAGGAUCUGGUCCUUUGGACAUAAGACUUGCUCAAGUUCCCAAAAUGCUUUCAAUCUUGAGAACAAAUUGGGCUCCACAGGCUUUCUGCAUAUCAUUCAAGCUUGAGACAGACUCAAAGAUUCUGAUAGACAAGGCUACAAAGGCUCUAGGAAAGUACAAAGUGCACGCUGUUGUAGCUAAUGAGCUGUCAACACGUAAGGAAGAAGUUGUGGUUGUUUCAAGCAGCGGUAAUGUUGUGGUUAGGCGUGAUAGCGAUAAGCCUGAAGCUAUUGUAGAAGACAAUCUUAUUCGCCUCAUUGUAGAUCGGCACUCAACAUACAUCAAAGAAUCUCACACUUGAUUUCUCAAAUGCUUCCAAGUCAAAAACAUGUAUGAAUCUUUCAUCCACUCAACAGAAACAAUCUAUAUAGUUUCCUCCUCUCUUUGUAUUUGUGUACGCUAUGUGAAAGAAUGAUGACUAGGUUUUUGACCAUUGAUCAUUAAUUUCACAUUUUAUUUAUUAAA